GCGUGAAAUGCCGCAUAGCGUCAUCCUAAUCGUAACACCGACGCAGCAAAAGAAGCUUGGAUUCACGAUUCCCUCGAAGCCUCAUGGCGCUAUUUGGAUUUGGUCCCCCUUCUUCGGCUUCAUAUCCCAUGCGGAGGUUUCACAAAGCAUAACCCUCGUCCACGCUCAUUGAUCCUCCAACCUCAUCCCCCAUCAAGCUGCGUAUUCAACACCUAGAACCGUCCUUCAUAAGAUCGAGCCUGCUCCCCCUCGUACUUCCGCUUCCUUAUCAUCCUACGCAACUCUUCUGCGGAAACAGGACGCCCUCCACUCGUGCACAUCCCGCAGCAUCUCAGUCAAGUACCCUGCUUUUCUUGCCUACCCUCAUCAGCUCUCAUCGAUCAACAUUCUUGCCGACCAGCGUUCCAUCUCCACACUUUGCACAGAGAAAAAGUCAGGCUCGCAGUGACGUUGCGCAGGCUGGUCACCUUGGAUCAUCAUGGUGGAGAAAUGUCCGGCGGACAACACCCAGAGCGUAGAGCAGGAUAACUUCUGGACCGAUGUCAGGUCUGGAAAUUUAGAUGCGCAUCACAUUGGGUGGAUCAUCUGCGGCGCAGCAGCAGUCGUCACAGUGCUCUUAUCCUUCAUCACCAUUUUAGGCCAUGCUCGCAACUACAAUCGACCUCUGGAGCAAAGGCAAAUCAUUCGAGUGCUACUGUUAGCUCCAGUCUACGCCAUCGUCAGCUUCUUCAGCUACCGCUUCUUCAGAUCCUACACCUACUUUUCGCUUGCGGAAACUGCUUACGAAGCGUUUGCCAUCGCUGCUUUCUUGAUACUCAUGCUUCAGUACAUCGGUGACUCCGUCGAGGACCAGAGAGCAGUAUUCAUGGAAAAGGACAAGAAACCUUUGCCGUUCCCAUUUUGCUGCUGGCGCUUCCGGCCUGCCAAGCCAUACUUUUUGGUCGUCAUCAAGUUCAGCGUCGUGCAAUACGUUGUCAUCAGUCCUGCCCUGACCAUCGCGGGCAUCGUGUUGGAGUACUACGAGCUGCUUUGCGAGUCGUCUCUGAGCUACAAAUAUGGGCACGUGUAUAUUUUAGGAGUCGACUUUGUCUCCAUUUCUGUCGCUCUGUAUGGUCUCAUUGUGCUCUACGCGCUCAUCAAGAAGGAUUUGGAGGGCAAAAAGCCGCUAGCCAAGUUCAUGACUAUCAAGAUGGCCAUCUUUUUCAUCUUCUACCAGACAUUUGUCUUCGACCUGCUCCAAGAUCGAGGAGUCAUCAAAGCGACACAGUAUUGGACGGCUACGAACGUUUCUGAUGGACUCAAUGCGCUUUGUAUCACCCUCGAGAUGGUCAUCAUUGCUGCAUUUCAGAUGUGGGCUUUCAAUUGGAAGGAAUACCACUUGGACCGCAUCGCCGAUCGGAGACAGGCUUUCCGCGGCAAUGCGCUCAGCAAGAAGGGCAAGACGCCGGUGUUCAGAAGUCUUCUCCAUGCGCUCAAUUUCGCCGAUUUUUUCGUGGAGCUCUGGCACUCGAUUCGCUUUGCCAUCGAUCGGAUGCGCGGUAAAGACUAUACGCGCUCGGACAAGACCGUGGGCAAAUUCGACAUUGUGGGUCGAUUCCACGGAGAUGGCGACGAGACUGCCAGUAAGAUGGGCGAUUUGAACGAGAUGACGCAGCGGACGGGAACUUCGGCACAGAUUGCGUCCACGAAUGGUACCUCCUUCGAUACAGACCCUCAAGCUGGGCAUCCUUAUAGCUAUCAUAAAGCGUACGGAAGUGUUGGAUCGGGCCAAUCGGACCAUCCUUACAGCGCAGGGAACAGGAUGAGAAGACCUAGUCAUGACCCGUCGCCCUUGGGGCCGGUAGUGCGAGGGGGCGGGCAACCGGACUUGCACAUCGCGACCGGACAGAUGGGACAUGAAGGUGCCGGUCGAGCGGACGAGGGGUUAUUGUCCGCCGGCGCGCUUCCAGCGGGAAGUUCCCUACCUCGCCCCACAACACCUCGCUCACCGCGAGAAAGCACUGGAAGGUAUCCUUCCUUCCUGUUCAGCUCCACCAAUCCUGCUGAUGGCACCCUCACUCCUCCGAGAGCGAUCACCCCAGAUGGCAGGCGAGCACCGUCUUUCGAGAUGGCCACACCUCCGCCCCAGCCUUUACCACCCCAACCUACGCCCAGCACAUGGCAAAAGGGGGGAGCGUAUCGCGUAGCUGGCUUCCCUCGAGCUUCAUUCAUCGAAGCGGAAGCGGACACGACUCCUCAGCCGAUGUGGUUCCACUCUUCAAGUGCUGCGCCGCAAGAUCGCACGCUAGAUUCCUCUUCGGGCGGACACUCUGUUUCCUAUGGACCUGCCGCACAAGCCGCAUAUGCUCAACCGGCCCCCACGGCCACACGGCAAGCGCCCCAUCACUAUUCUCAGCAUCACGCAGCAGUGGCUCAGGCAUUGGGCCCACAAACAAGCGCUGCACUCGGCCCUCCGCAAUAUCCCUCCUCCCAGUAUGAGCGUCACGCUGCAUCUCUUGCUCCACCUGCGCCUGCGGCGGCGAGCAAUGUCGCCAAUGAGUCGUACAUUGACAAUACAGAAGGUAGUCCGGAAGGCCUCAACAGGCCUUUGUCACAUCACGACGACAGGCCUAGGAGCUGGGAACCUCAAGCUUUCUAACGGUCCGCCGACAUACCCAUUGCCCCUCUUGCGCUAGCACCCUCUUCGCGCUCGCUCCCACUGCCCCCCCGUCGUUCUCCGACGAAGCAGACUGGUCGAGCAAGCCUCUUGAAGCAGUGCUUUAUUUUGCCUUGCUUGUUCUGACGUGUUCUCAUCCACUUGUAACAUAGUCUCUCUGGCUCGCCCUUCAUCUAAACGCGUCUCUCUCUCGCAUCUAAUCCCCCACGCACACACACACUCUCUCUCUCUUUCUUGAUAGAUUCGUUGCCGCGUAGCCUAGCCUAGCCCUGCCUGCUUGCAAAAUCUCAUCCCCUCGUCUAAGCACAUCCAGAUUUCUCUGAUUUCCAUUCGUCCGCAAUCGUCC